AUGCCUUCCGCGAUUUCACCUCCCUCGCCAUCCCAACAGACCAAACAAGGCCUGCUCCUCGUCCAACCUCGCCUCCACAACGUCAGCCCAUCUAACGCCAGUACAUUCUUCCGCUGGACCAAACUCCAUUUCAGAGACUUGCUCAACGUACCCGAUACUGGUUCCGGUCGAGUCACACAUGCUCUGCGUUUCUGCGCUCCAGAGAACGAUGACCAGUACACGCAUGAUGAGAAAGAGGGAUCUUUACCCAAGUACAUGUACACUUGUGUCGUGUCUGACAUCGGAUACUUGAAGGCAGAAGGCUACAACGGCGUUAGUCGGAAAUUGAAUUUGGAGGAGACGAGGGACCUGGAGAAGGGGGAGGAGGGUGUGGGGUUCCGGGAGGAUGGUGAGGGUGAAGCGAUGGUGUUCGAUAUUGUGGAUGCCAAGUUCGCAGUGUAUGAAGAGAUGGGAUCGCUGGCGAUGGAGCCAUCGUUUCAAAUGUUACCGACACAUCUCACUACGAAAAGUGGCAAAGGGCCGAAAUCUGUCAUGGUCGCUGUGCAUGUAGAUCUCCCACAAGCCACUACGACGAUCGACGUCGAUACAGUCCCCAAGGCCCUUCAGUCUUCCCUAUUCACCCUCGUCAAAGCCGCCGUGCCUCCGGUUCUCAAGCCAUACUCUUCAUUGUACCGAUGGUCUGGCGAAGACGCGCAACCCGAGCAUCAUCCGUUGAUCAGUAAAGACGGGCGUGGAGAGUGGAUGAUUACACACCGCCAUCAAAUACGUUCUCUACUUUCACAUGCUUCCAUAUUCGCGUUAGGACCAAGACAAAAACCAAGACUGUACAAUAUGUCUUCAUCACCAGAAGAGCAAACGCCUUUACCAAAACUAGACGGUAACAUCUUUGACGUGGCGCCCAAGACCGAUUGGCAGAAAUCCAUCACCAAAAGGAAUGCACUUGAAUCGCCUCUUCUUCGUAUGCCCCGCGAAUUACGCGAUCUCAUCUGGACUUUUGCCUUCACACAGACUAUCAGACCAGAAGCUCCCCAAAACUCUACGUUUAGCCCCCUUGUAGUAUGCCGACAAUUCUACAGGGAAGCUGCUAGCCUUGCACAUCGGUUCCUCAUCUGGUCCUUUAGCUGCCAGCCGUCCUGGGAAGACUUCUUCUGGUCGUUGUGUGAGAAUGAGAAACACAAGUACAAGAAGAGCUUGAUACGUUCUAUCCAGAUCGGCGUCGAUUCGACGGACUUGUACAUGUUGGCGGAGAGAGAAGAUCCCGGAUACGACGUUGAAGAGGAAAAGGUUGAGAUUGCUAGGGAAGAUCAAGGCGAGUAUCACCAUGUCACCUUCCGUGCUUUUGAGAACCUAUCGCACCUUGAGCUUUUGUUGUCCGCUACAGAAGUUUUCGGAGAUUCAGAUGAUGAUGACGAGACGGAACAUGACACUAUACCGCCACCAAAUAGCACAGAAAUCAAUGAAGCCAAAGAAAACUUCACCAGGACUAUGAGGCAGAAGCUUCCUCGUGUACGUGUUACGUACAGAGAGUUUGGAAAUACCUCAGCCAUGAAAAAGUACUUGGAAGAGCAGGAUCUUUGA